GCUGCAGCUCGGUGAGGACAGCAGUAGCAAGUUCACCUGACACACACACACACACACACACACACACUGAACAGCUUCCCUCCCGAGAAAAGUCAAGUGUCUCCUCCUCACUAACUUCAACGGUGUCGGAGCGGAUUACGUUUCCCGGCGAGGCUCCUCAUCCUCACGCUCCAUGGCCGUCGCUGCCCUCCUCCCCCUGGGUGGUAACCUUCAAAGCAGAGCGCUCUGCACCAUGGAUGACCAGCAGAGUGAUGGAGAUGGACAGAAUCAAAGGACAUGCUCCCAUUAUUGUGAAUAGAUGAAGGAAUAUAACCUUCCCUCAGCAGAAAAGGGACAGCACUGAAUCAUUUUUGUUGUUCAGACUGAACGGAUGCAGCUAGAAGAAAACAAGUUUGUAAAUCAUUCUUGAAAAAGAGGAAAUAGUGAUCAAAUAUAUUCAGUUUGUGGACCACACUCUCUCUUCAUAGAGCUCAUGUGCUAAAGGACUUUGGUCGGACUGUGAUGCUUGUUAUGAGUUGUCCAUCUACAACUAAUGAGCCAGAGAGCUGCAGCAGUAAAGGGAGUAGCACCACCUCCUCCAUCACCACCUCAGACCUCUCCUCUAUGUCCGAACACACUCACUCCUCACUCCCUUCCCAUGGUGACACUCCUGACACCUUCAAACAUGAAGCCCCGCCUCCUCCUCCACUGCCACCACCACCACCUCCGGGAGUGCCCCCUCCUCCUCCGCCGCCAGCAAUCACGUCCAUUAACCACAAUGGGAGAAAAAAGCGCCGCGUGCGCAGCUUCUUCUGGAAGCCGAUUCCGGAGGAGAAGGUACGCGGGAAGCCCAACAUUUGGACGAUGGCAGUGCGGCAGCAGCAGUACCAGAUUGAUGUUCGAUCUGUGGAGGAGCUGUUUGGGCAACAGGAGGAGGCACUGACAGGGAUCCGAGGGGUGACGUCAUCCACUGGAUCCUCAACUCGUGUGUCCCGGUCGCGCUCAUUCAAAGAGAGCAGCAAGGAUGAGAUCAGCAUUCUUGACUCCAAGAGGGGGAUGAAUGUUGGCAUUUUCCUGAAGCAGUUCAAGAAGUCCAACCGCUCUAUUGUCGAAGACAUUCGACAAGGAGAUGGAAAGAUUUAUGGAGCAGAGCUGCUCAAAGACCUGCUGAAGCUCCUUCCUGAUGCAGAGGAGAUAAAGAAGCUGCAGAUGUUUAAAGGAGACCCAGACAAGCUGACACUGGUCGAUUCCUUUAUGUACCUCUUGAUCCAGGUGCCACGGUUUGAUGUUCGGAUUGAGGCCAUGGUCCUCCAUGAGGAGUUCUCUCCUUCCUGUGCUGCGAUGAGCCACGAGAUCGAUGUUGUCCGCAUCGCCACUAAAGAGUUGAUGAACUGCGAGGAGCUCCAUGCCAUUUUGCAUCUGGUGCUGCAGGCAGGAAACAUCAUGAAUGCUGGCGGUUAUGCAGGAAAUGCUGUGGGCUUUAAACUGUCUUCACUCCUCUCAUUGGCUGACACUAAGGCUAACAAGCCAGGGAUGAACCUGCUGCACUUUGUUGCCAUGGAGGCAAAGAAGAAAGAUGAGAAGCUGCUCAAGUUUCCAGAGAAACUUCAGGAUGUUCAGAGUGCAGCCAGAAUCUCAGUGGAGAGUAUAGAGGUGGAGUUUUCCUCUUUAUAUGUUCGGAUUAAAUCCUUGGAGGAAAAGGUUCAAGGAGAUCAGGAGCUGCUGCAGCAGCUGGAGCCAUUUCUGCAGAGUUCAGCUCGGACUCUUCAGGACCUGAAGAGACGCAGAUUGGAGCUGCGUAAAGAGGGAAACACUCUCAUCGAUUUCUUUUGUGAAGAUAAGGACACGUUCAAACUGGAUGAGUGCUUCCGCAUCUUUCAAGACUUCUGCAUUAAGUUCAGGAAAGCUGUUAAGGACAACUUGGAUCGCGAGAUGAAGGAGGCAGCCAGACAACGUCGCCUGAGAGAGCUGGAGGAGAAACGUUUGUCGUGGUCAGGGGCAGACCAGAGUGGGGGGUUCGGUCGUAGCAGCAGCGAGAACGAUGUGGAGAUGCUCACCAAGGAAGGCCUCCUGGAUUUUUUGCAGCAGAGGUCACAUAGCCCUCUGGGACGCUCUGCCAGUGCCCGCCGCCACCGUCACACCAUGACCUCCGUAGCUGACCGUGAACUCCAAGGAUAUCUUGAGGUGUUAGGAGACAACGGCACUGAUUAUUCCAAGUUUAACAGUCUACCUCGGUCGGGUCGUCCUGUGCAGCGGAAAUCCACCCCGUGGAUCUUAGCUCAGGACGACAACCGUGAGAUAGGCUGUGACCGAAAAGUGACUUCUCCAUGUGCACAAACUGAACCCAUCAGUCCGCUGGCAAGAUACUCCUCUUCUGGGUUAAACAAUAAUGACGACCUAUACCCCAGCAACAACAAUUACAUAUCUGUAUCGGAAAGCAGCGCUCUUCCUCGUUCCCUUUUUGUCUUUCAAAAACCCUCCCACCAUCCCAACCCAGCAAUUAGCGGCCACAUGAAUGUUAGUGUGGAGAAACACACUUUAGUUCGAGGCCCUCAAGCUUUUGAACUACAGAGUCCAAACAAUAACAGUAAUCAUUUGCACCUUAUCAACCAGGGGGAUGUCAUGGUGACAGAUUCGGAAAAGGAGAGAAAAUCUCCUCCCAAGAAUCUGGACAAUGUUCCAGGUGAUAAACUUUUAGAAAGAAGAGCAAAUCCCAAGGUAGCGUGGGAACAUAAAGUUGAUAAUUCUACUCAAGACAGAGAGAGAGAAGAAGAGGACAACAGCACAGUUUCAUCAACAACCUGUGACACACCUCUUCCACUCGAUACCUCUGUAUCCAAUAAGAAGCCGAUGUUUUUCAUACUUGACUGCACAGAAACUGACUGCUCCGUCACCUUGGAUUAUUCAGAGGCCGAAAGCUCUUCUUUAACAAAAGAGGGCCUUCAACUUAGAACGACAGACUGCAAUAAACAUCAGAAGAGCCACCAAGAACCAAGCUCUCUGUCUCCCAAUGACCAGUCUGUUUCAACGAAUGAACUUUCAGCGCCAAAAUCUGCGGACGCAACAUCGAUGGCUGCAUCUGCGACGACAGAAGAGUGGGACACAGAGAGCUGUGACACCACUGAGGGAAAACAAGGUGCAGAAAAAGGUGCAGACACACAGAGAAGCAUCAGGAAACCAGUGCAUGCAGCGAGUAAAGCAAACAAAGCAGUUCGUGGUGUGCGGACGCUGACCAGCACCGAGAGUCAGGGCAUGAGGAAAGUAGUUCCUAUUAGCAAGCUCACAAGGCUGGGUAGCAGCAAGUGUGCAGAGAGAACUUUGGUUCAUGAGAGCGGGGAGUCACGCCGUCCCAUUAGAGAUCAGAGCACCCAACCAGCAGCGAGAGGAAGGAGCGAGAAGACAUCACGACCGUCUCGACACUCCAGUUUGCCUCCUGAUGAGUCCAAAGCUCAGAGAGGAAGUAGCCUCCCAGGUGGUAUUUCAAGAUGGUCACGCGAUUUGACUCCGAGGAAGGUUUCCAUCAACAAGCCAAGCGCAAAACCUGUGAGGAACAUCUCCAAACCUCCUCCUGAGGAGAAAAUGUGCCGCUCCACUAUGAGAGCCUUGGCCCAAGUGCAAGCUCAGGCCCAGGGUGGAGUGUCCUCCGAGAACAGCUGCUCACACGUAAAAAACACAUCCGGUGUCCCUGGCUUCGCCCGCAACACCAUCGCCUCGUCCUCCAGGACCAAUAAGGAGCUCCUUGGCCCUCCUUCCGUCCCGUCUACACCGUCUCGCAGCCCCUCACUCGUGGGUCGACCAUCCUCGGUGAAGCACAACAGGUUAUCGCCCACAGUUCACACCAGCGAGGAGCAGUCACAAGGGACAAACCUGCGACGAGCGCAAAGCGUGAAGGCCACCAGACGAAGCACCUAUCGCAGUGAGACUCCGCCUCCAACUCGCGAGGAGUCGCGUAAGGCAAGCAGCUUUUCUGAAAAGUCUUUGAUGGCGCCCAGCAAAAGUGCUAAACCAAGCUGGAAAUAAACAUUAAAUGAAAUUUAAUAAAACGCACAUACAGGCAAAGGAAAGACAAAUACAUUUCUUCUUGAAAACUGACUUCUCUCUUCUUCUUCUCUUAUGUAACAAAAUCAGAAAAACAAAUGAAUCUCUUUCUCCCUCCAGGUUUGUAGCUGACUCUGGAUCAGGUUUACAAAUUGCAAAGAACAAGAUGCAAUGAACAGGUUCUGUUUCAAAAAAAUAUACAUAUAUUGUCCAUAAAUUGCUUUUUUUCCU